AUGCACAUCCACAUUUUUUCGGGGACCAAGGAGCAGCCCGCGAGAGCGCAGGGGCUUCCUUCGCGGUACGGCGGGGCUUCACGCCCAGCGUCCGCCGCGCCCGGAAACCCGAAGAAAGUAGACGCAGGGGAAAGAGAGCCCCAAGCCGCCCUGCCGGGGCGUGAGCCCCUCAACCAGAAGCGGCCCCCGCUAACUCUCCGCCUCCUGCGCAAGGCCGCGCCGCGCCCCGAUCCGGCGCGAGCUCGCGCCCGUCCCGCCUGCACGCCGCCGGAAGGUGUCCCCCCUAAUAGAUGCUCGGCAAACGGGCCCCUCAGCCCACUCAUCGACUAUAAUGCGGGCAGUGGCAAUACGCUUCGUCCCCCCAGGGCGAGGGAAGGGCAGCCCCCCGACGGGUCCCGCAUGCUCGCCAGUGACCCUUCUCACCCACGCCCUCGCCCCCGCUUUUCGGUUUGGACUGGGAGCCUCGGAGAGUGCCAGGGGCUUCUUCCGCCGCGGCCGGGGGCCUACGCCCGGCCGGCCCGCGCCCCACCAGUCCUCCGUCCCCGGCAACCGAGAAGGGCGCAUGGGGCGUCCGCAGCCGCAACCAGCCAAGGGGCCUCUCCCGUCCCGUUCCGUCACGGCCGUAGCUCGACCGGGGGCUCGCCCGCCCCGCUGCCCUUCGCCUGCAGCCCGCAAGGUCGCCCGCUCCCCCCCCUAUAG